AUGGCGUCACCGACGCCCCAAACUGCUUCUAAGACGACACCAGGGCCGAAUGGCCCUCACCCGCAUCGAAAGAUCCGCCGCGCCACUGGUGACCCGCUGGUUAGGCCAAAGCCCAAGAAGCCACCUCCAAAAAAACCUCUCGGGCCCGCCCCCAAAGGUUUGAAGCCUGCUAUCAACGAGGAUCCCGAACCCGACGAGGAUCCAUCAACCUAUACCCAGUACAAACUCGUCACAACUAAGAAAGCUUUGCUCCGUAACAUGCGCUUCCACUGCAUGAGACUCUACUCGAAAAAUGAUGUCAACAUUAUGGACCCGGAGGAGUUUAUCCGACCCAUUAAACUACAUAGAAGAGAUCCUCGCGGUCCACUGCAAGGUGCAAAGGUUGACCCUGGAAGUAACGGCGCACCAUUAGAUCCCGAUGAGAAGGACAUUGACCCGGAAGAAAAGGCGAAAAGGGAGGCCGAGAAAGCCGAGAAAGAGAGACAGCAUGCCGAAAACCUGGCAAGGAUCGCGCCUCAUGGAGGAGCAGUUAAGCAGAAGAAAAACAUGUUCAAGAAAAAAACACAGCAGGUUUUCCAGCGCGACGAAGAAGAGCGUCGGCUCAAAUACGAAGAAUACUUUCCUUGGUUUAUUGAGGACUAUGAAAAUAAGAAUACUUGGAUUGGUAAUCUCGAGGGCGGUCUCAGUGGUACUUCUGUCAUGCUCGUUAUGGAUGACGGCAUGUUUAAGAUGAUACCUGUUGAAAAGUUCUAUCGAUUUCAGCAACGAAACACUUUCAAGACUUUAUCUGCUGACCAGGCAGAAGCUGCCAUGAAACAGAAGGAGAAACUAAACAGAUGGUUCAUGGAUGUAACUAAAGCCGAUGAAAAGGAAGCCAAGCUCAAAGAAGAACAGGAAAAUUUACGUGCUACAAAAAGGCUCUACACUGUCAAAGGGGAUCGGUUGGAGGGCCGUGAGGCAAAGCCUGGCUUUACAGAUGCCGACGAACUCGAUUUCGAGGAAGACUUUGCGGAUGACGAAGCCCCUCCGAUUAUAGAAGGCGAUGAAGAAGAACUUAAGGCAGCGACAAAAAAAAUGCAAAGAGAACAACUUUCUGCCAACAUCUUCGACAUUCGCGACGAGAAGGACUACGAAAGGGAGGAACAGGAAAAACGAGCGUUAGAGAAAUCUAGAAAGGCUCACGGGCGUAAAGUUAAAAAAUAUCUGAAACAACGCGAGAAGAAUGCUAUAUACGAAUCCGAUUCGGAUGAAAACCCAUAUGCUUCAUCGCAAGAGUCUGUGGACAGCGACGAGGAGGCGGCUAAGAAGGAAGAGGAAGAAAAGAAGAAAGCUGCAGAAAAGGCAGCUAAGGAAAAGGAAGAGGAGGAUAAGAAGAGAGAAAGGCAGGAGCAAAAGGAAGCCGAAGAAGUCGUCAAGUCAUUGAAAGCCGCAGCUGCAGGUAAAGCGGCAUCUCAGCCAGGCACGUCUCCUCCUACAGCUACCACGGCCCCAACUAAACCUUCAGCCGCCCAAACGGCUAAAUCUUUAAAACGAUCCGGAUCUCCAGGUAUACAGGAUGCAGGUCCCGAAUCCAAUGCGCAAAACAAACGAGCUAAGAAGGACGACCAAUCCUCGAGCGCCAAAUCGCUCGUGGCAACCAACGGUCAGGCACCACCUCAAAGCCGCCUAAUUGCUAUCAAGCGAGAGUCAGACACUGGAGUUCUGAUCCCGAAUAGUCCUGGUGAUACCCCCAAGAACAAGAACAUCAAGAAAAGAAGGAAACCAACCGGGGCAGGUAGUGGUAGUGAGUAUGAAACUGGUGGCGAGAUGUCAGACGGGGCCACAAGUGAAGGAGGGAAAGCACCGAAGAAGAUUAAGAUCAGAGUGGGUGGAGAUGGUUCUGCUAGUGUUCCAGCUCGAUCUGGCAGUCCCCCCAUUGCAAAAACGGCAGUGGGGAAGAAAUCCCGAUCCGGUUCCCCAAGUGCUGGAGUAAGCAGGGACGGCAGUCCAAGCGCCGCCGCAGACAAAUCGAAAGCACCGAUUACGGAGGAUGAGAUCAAGGCGGUUCUCACCCCAGAAGGUAUUGACUUCGCGACUAUUAGUAAGAAGUUCCACGGUCGUGUGAAUCCGAGCAAUAAAGCCGAGUUCUUCAAGAAGCUCAAGGGUCUCAGCCGGCUCGUGGAUGAUAAGGAACGUGGGAAGGUGUUCUACCCUCGGGAGGAGACGUCAUAA